AUGGCCAAUCCUAACACUGCUGGUCCUUUAGGGGGAACCAACACGGAAGACGAUGAGCUAACCCUUCCAAGGGCCAGUAUCAACAAGAUGAUCAAAGAAUUGGUACCCUCUGUUAGGAUAGCGAAUGAAGCUAGAGAACUUAUACUGAAUUGCUGCACAGAAUUCAUUCACCUACUCAGUUCAGAAGCCAACGAAAUAUGCAACCAAUUACACAAGAAGACCAUCAAUGCAGAACAUGUUCUACUGGCACUGAACAGGCUGGGUUUCUGUGACUAUACGGCCGAAGCAGAAGCAGUGCUGAAAGACUGCAAAGCUGUGGCAGCUAAACGCAGGAGACAGAGCACAAGGCUGGAGAACCUAGGAAUACCUGAGGAAGAAUUGCUGAGGCAACAACAGGAGCUGUUUGCUAAGGCCAGACAGGAACAGGCUUUUGCUGAUCAGCAGCAGUGGGAACAACUGCAGGCUGCAGCUCAGCAGGCUCAAAUGUCCACACAAAUAGUUGCCAUUUUCUUACAGCACUCAGAGGCUGCAUCCAUCAGAGAGAAGCUGACGAGUCUACCGUUGAAGUUGAGGUAUAUACAAUGUGCUCAAUCGAUGGUAGUUUUCAUUCUUGAGAAUGAAGAGCUGACAUUUUUCUUCAGGAUAUAA